AUGGAAUCGAAGAAGCCUAGAGCUCCAACACAAGAUGAAGCCAUUCAAGGUAUACCUACAAGACUAUUACAUGCGUUUGACAGCAAACAAGGAGCUGUACGAGCUGUCAGAUGGAAUGGUAAGUUAUAUUUUAUAUUUGGUUUUAAUUUUUAGGUAUUAUUCUACAAUCUUGAAGGCAUCUACUUCUUUAAAUAUUGUUUUUGAUUAGCUAAGGAUAUUUUUGGUGUCGAAGCUAAUAUAAUGGGAAUAUAGAAGCUAAUAGCUAUGAACUUGGAUCUAAAAUGGAGAUAACGUUAUGUUAUUUUAGUUGAUGGUAACUACGCAUUAAUUUGUGGCUCAGACAAGACAGUAGCUUUGUGGAACCCGUUAAGACCUUUGUGUCUAAAGCAAUAUCGUGGAUGUGGAAGUGAGCUUCUAGAUGCGUGUGGAUCUUGCGACAAUUCUAUGAUUCUUGUUGGAGGACGUGAUAAACAGCCUACGAUCUUUGAUGUGGAAUCAGGAAAGAUGUUGAAGCGAUGGCGAGAUCAUGGAGGACCUAUUAAUGCUGUUCAGUUUAACGAAGACAGCCGGGUGGCAAUGAGCGGGUCUCAAGACGGAACUGUCAGAUGCUUCGAUGUUCGGUCUAGGGCUGCGGCUUUUCAGGUAGGAGUUUGAAGUUAUAUUAGUUUCAAAACGUUUUGUUUUGAUUUUUAUUUGUGUAUUUUUGGAAAAUUUGGUACUGUUAAAACUACUGUGGUUUUAAAUUUUAUCUAAAUUUUCAAAAGUUGUUCUGAUGAUAGGUUGCCUAAAUAAAUAAUGUAAAUUUGUUUAAAUCUUCAAAUUUAUAUCUGCCUUUUUAAAAAAGUUGUGAUUAAAGCAAGUUUGAUUUUUUUUUCUUUUUUACUAUAUAAAAUGCCUUGUUUUAGAUACUAGACGAAGCUACGGACAACGUACUUAGCUUGUCAGUGUCAAACCAUGAAAUUGCUACAGGAUCAGCUGAUGGUCAUCUACGUUUAUAUGACAUACGAGAAGGUCGAUUGCUGAUAGACUUUGUUGGUGAAUCAGUGACAAGUGUAACAUUGGCUGACGACAAUCAAACUUGUUUAGUAUCAUCAAUGGAUGGCUUUGUUAGAUUGUUUGAGAAAUGUAAUGGAACCUUGCUUAAUGAGUACGUUUGGCUUUUUUUAUAUAAAGUUAGAUGAAGAUUGGACCUUGAAAUGGUAGGGGAAGAUUGGGAGGUAUGGGCUAAAAUGGGUAAAGUAAUAGAAAAUUUAGGUAACAAUGGGAUUAAAAAGGACUAUAUAGUCUUUAAAAACUAUUUUUGAAUAAAAAAUUGUGUGUUUAUUACCUAAUGUUAUCUAUUUUCAGUUACACAGCUCACAAGAACAAGGAAUACCGUGUAGAAUCCACGUUCCUAGCAACAGGCGACCAAAUAGCUUCAGGAUCUGAAGAUGGAUGUCUUUACAUAUACGAUCUGAUUGACUCAAAAGUCUUGGCUAGGCUAGACCAUUCUCCAAACAAAUUCGUUCACAGUGUUUCGGCUCAUCCAACGAAUAAUGGACUGGUUUUAAGUGCUGCUGGACACAAAUUCUACGUUUGGCAGGGGGAGGAGAAAAUGGAGGAAUAA